GAGGCAGUUGGACAAGUUUGUAGCUGAGCCGGUUUAUCCAGUGUUGAAGAUGGGAAGUUACUUGUCUGCCCCAGCUUACUUUGCUCCCAAGGAUCCCUUUCGGUGCUCUGAAUGUCAGGACCCCCUCACUAACUGGUACUACGAGAAAGAUGGGAAGCUGUACUGUCACAAAGACUACUGGGGGAAGUUUGGGGAAUCCUGCCAUGGCUGCUCUCUGCUGAUGACUGGACCUGUGAUGGUGGCUGGCGAAUACAAGUAUCACCCUGAGUGCUUUGCUUGUAUGAGCUGCAAAGUGAUCAUUGAAGAUGGGGACACUUACGCACUCGUGCAACAUUCCACGCUCUACUGUGGAAAAUGCCAUAACCAGAUUGUGCUGACACCGAUGAUAGAAAAACACUCCACUGAGUCUCUGCGUGAGCAGCUGCCUUAUACGCUGACCCUCAUCUCCAUGCCGGCAGCUACUGAUGGCAAGAGGGGGUUCUCUGUGUCUGUUGAAGGUGGCUGCUCCAGCUAUGCCACUGGUGUCCAGGUGAAAGAAGUUAACAGGAUGCACAUCAGUCCAGAUGUCCGAAACGCCAUCCACCCUGCAGAUCGUAUCCUGGAGAUUAAUGGAGCUCCUAUUCGUACAUUACAGGUGGAGGAGGUGGAGGACUUGAUUCGCAAGACAAGCCAGACGCUUCAGCUGCUGAUAGAGCAUGACCCUGUCUCGCAGCGCUUAGACAGGCUUCGUUUGGACUCCCGUCUUCCCACCCACAUAAAGCCGCCCAUUUCCCCACGCUCACUCUCUCCACUGGACAUCAAGGAGAAUCUGGAAGGAACACUCCGACGGCGUUCCCUCAGGCGCAGUAACAGCAUUUCUAAGUCUCCCGGCCCCAGUUCUCCAAAGGAACCGCUCCUUCUGAGCCGUGACAUCAGUCGUUCUGAAUCCCUACGUUCCUCUUCUAGCUGCUCCCAGCAAAUCUUCCGGCCCUGUGACCUGAUUCAUGGUGAAGUACUAGGAAAAGGAUUUUUUGGACAAGCAAUCAAGGUGACUCACAAAGCAACAGGAAAGGUGAUGGUGAUGAAGGAGCUGAUUCGCUGUGAUGAGGAAACACAGAAGACUUUCUUGACAGAGGUGAAAGUGAUGCGCAGCCUGGAUCACCCCAAUGUGCUGAAGUUCAUCGGUGUACUGUACAAGGACAAGAAGUUGAAUCUCCUCACUGAGUACAUUGAGGGGGGCACCCUGAAGGACUUCCUCCGCAAUGCGGAUCCAUUUCCCUGGCAGCAGAAGGUCAGCUUUGCCAAAGGAAUUGCCUCUGGAAUGGCUUACUUGCACUCCAUGUGCAUCAUUCACAGAGACCUGAAUUCACACAAUUGCCUAAUCAAGUUGGAUAAGACGGUGGUGGUGGCUGACUUCGGUCUGUCUCGGCUGAUUGUGGAGGAAAGAAAAAAGCCCACUUUGGAGAAGCCAUCUGCCAAGAAACGAACCCUACGCAAGAGUGACAGGAAGAAGCGUUACACAGUGGUUGGCAACCCAUACUGGAUGGCCCCAGAGAUGCUAAAUGGACAGAGCUACGAUGAGACAGUGGACAUUUUUUCAUUUGGGAUCGUUCUCUGUGAGAUCAUAGGCCAGGUUUAUGCUGACCCCGACUGCCUCCCACGCACACUGGAUUUUGGCCUUAAUGUCAAGCUGUUCUGGGAGAAGUUUGUUCCUGCUGACUGUCCUCCAGCCUUCUUCCCUCUGGCUGCCAUUUGUUGCAGACUGGAACCAGAGAGCAGGCCCCCUUUUUCCAAGCUGGAAGAUUCCUUUGAAGCGCUCUCUCUCUACCUGGGAGAACUUGCCAUCCCCCUUCCAUCUGAGCUGGAGGAGCUGGACCACAACGUGAGUGUGCAGUAUGGACUGAACCGUGACAAACUACCUGAAAACGCAACCUAGUCAGCUUGUCCUGCUGCCUGCACCACUUCCAUUGGAGUUGAGUGACAGGGAGGGAGAUGCACUUCAGCCACUUCCAGGGCAUUAAUGGGGCACCACGGUGUGCGUUUGCUGCACUGCCUCUCUCUCCCCACCCAACACCUCUCCUUGUGGACAUCCUGAUUCACUGUGGAUUUCUGGCAUGUUUCAGAAGCAAAAAGGGCUGUUUCCUGCCAACUGCACCUAGGAAAGCUGCUCAACACUAUUUUUCUGGCUUGAGAAAUGUUUCUCUGGCCUUUUCAGGCUUCUUUACUGUGGUGCCUUAGAACUUGGCUGCAAGCUGUGAAGCCACCCUGGCCCAUCUGCCAGGGAGGGAAUUGGUAUAGGAUACUCUCCUGGGCAAGGACCAGCACUUCUGGAACUGCUUCUCCCACUGACUGCCCUGCUCAGAAAGCUGGGGAAACUGAACAUCCAGCAAAAGGCCCCACCAGGACAGCG